AUGGACUUCACCGAGGAGGAGUGGGGGCAACUAAACCCUGCACAAAGGACCCUGUACAAAGAGGUGAUGCUGGAGAUCUAUGGCAACCUGGUCUUAGUGGGGGACAUGAAGCCAUCACUGAGACCAGGGCAGCUAGGGCUGCUGCACAAAGCAGGGGAAGGGCAGGCAGUUUCAGCAAGGUACGUGCAUCCUCCACAGGAGAAUCCUGUUUUCCCCACAGGCAAGAAACUUUACGACUGUGCUGUGUGUGGGAAGAGCUUCAGUCGGAGCACAGAUCUUCGCUAUCAUCAGAGAAUUCACACUGGAGAGAAACCUUUCAUAUGUGAUACAUGUGGCAAAGCCUUUAGUUAUAACACAAACCUUCAUGUUCAUCAGAGAGUCCACACAGGAGAGAAACCUUUUAAGUGUGAGGAGUGUGGCAAGGGCUUCAAUCAGAGCUCCAAUCUUCACAUCCAUCAGAGAGUCCACACUGGAGAAAAACCCUUCAUAUGUGAUACAUGUGGCAAAGGCUUCAGUUAUAGCACAAACCUUCGUGUUCAUCAGAGAGUUCACACAGGAGAAAAACCUUUUAAGUGUGGGGAGUGUGGCAAGGGCUUCCAUCAGAGCUCCAAUCUUCGCAUCCAUAAGAGAGUCCACACUGGAGAGAAACUCUACAAAUGUGGUAAGUGUGGUAAGGGCUUCAGUCAGAACACAGAUCUCCAAGUGCAUUGGAGACUCCACACGAGAGAAACUGUUUAA